AUGAGGACACCGACGGCAUCUAAACCCGCCUCUCUACCACUCAAGCGCAUAGUCUCCAAUGUCGAGGUCGAGCGCAAGUUCAACCCGGGUCCGAAGUUCGCAUCGCGUCUACGAGCCCAAACGCGAGCCCAGACCCGCGCAUCCUUCACACCCGGCCAACGGGGAAGUCAAGGCGCCUUGACCGUGCGAGGCCAGCCGUCCGAGCUCAUCCGCGACACGUACUACGACACCAAGGACGGCCACCUCAGCAAGCUGGGCCUAUGGGUACGACAACGCCACUCCCGCAUCAUCCUGCCUCCGGGCAACGUCGCGCGAGCAGAAGAGAAAGAGAAAUACAAAGGUCGCGAGAUUGUUGCGGGCGAAGACGAUAACGGCAAGGUAGAAUGGAACGCCAAGCUCCGCGUCGGCGAUGGCGACUUCGUUAACUCGCAGUUUAUCGAGAUCGACGGCAGGAAGAGCGUCGUGCGGGAGGUGCUGCGCGUCGUCGCCGGGACGGGGACGACGCUAAGGGACUUAGGGGUUGUCGCGGACCUAGUGACGCGGCGGGCGUCGUGGGACGUGAUAAAGCUGGCGGACGGGACGGCGCCUGUGGCGAAGAUGACGAUUGUGGUUGAUGCGGUCAGCGAGGCUGAGGUCGAGGUCGUCGAGACCAGCAGCGAGGAUGUGGAUGGCAUAUGCGAAGAUCCUCCUGCUUUUGGUCAUUCCGUCGGUGAGGUUGAACUCUUCCAGCCCGUCGUGACGGAGGGGAUGGAUGCCGAGGAACAUAAGGUGUACAGGAAGGAGAUCGCGACGCGGAGAAUGGAGGAGCUGGAGGCGUUCAUGCUGGCGCAUGCGGAAUUGUUCGAGACGAGUCCGUUGCCUAUUGGCAAGCUUGCGGCGUACUAUGGGUGGAAGGAGGCUGGCAGGACGACCCGGGAGAAACUGGCUUCGAUACAGACGCAAUUAAUGACAGAUAUGCCGAUUCUUCGGACUGACCACCGGGAUUCGGAGGACAAAGUUGAGGCGAGGUGGGCGAUUCAGGUUCGCGACGUAGACGAUGAGUGCCAAUGA